GACAUAGACUACCCCAUGCGUAAUAUGAUGAAUGAAAAAUUAAAUAAGUUGAUUUUAGUUCCAGUUUUGGCUGUCCUUUUUGUAAUGAUAGGGUACCAGUAUAUUUGUCCAGCAGGCAGCAACUCCUGUCACUUUGGGACGGCUGAGAAACUGCGAGGAAUGCGUCCUCCAGCCACGCUGUAUCCCACCCCCGAUGACCUGUAUCAGGAACUCGAGGAUGACAGCCCUCCAAAAUUUUUGUCCAAAUUUAACUUCACCGAACGAGAUCUUAUGCGGGAUGUGGAAUUUAACAUACGGGGAGAAGACGUAAUAGUGUUUUUGCACAUCCAAAAGACUGGGGGUACCACUUUUGGUCGUCAUCUCGUACGGAAUAUAAGGUUAGAGCAACCCUGUGACUGUAAGCCUGGCCAGAAGAAGUGCACUUGUCACCGGCCGGGGAAAGAAGAGUCGUGGCUCUUCUCGCGGUUCUCCACGGGCUGGAGUUGUGGCUUACAUGCAGACUGGACGGAACUUACCAACUGCGUGCCUGUUAUCAUGGACAAGAAGGCUGCUCAGAGGAACCGAAGGAACUACUACUACAUCACCAUGCUGCGAGACCCCGUGUCGCGCUACCUGAGCGAGUGGAAGCAUGUGCAGCGCGGCGCCACCUGGAAGACCUCGCUGCACAUGUGCGACGGCCGCUCGCCGACGCAGGACGAGCUGCCCAACUGCUACAACGGCGACGACUGGUCGGGCGUGCCCCUGGCCGACUUCAUGGACUGCCCCUCCAACCUGGCCAACAACCGGCAGGUGCGCAUGCUGGCCGACCUGAGCCUGGUGGGCUGCUACAACCUGUCGUCCAUGAAUGAGAGCGAGCGCAGCCACAUCCUGCUGACCAGCGCCAUGGCCAACCUGAAGAACAUGGCCUUCUACGGCCUGACAGAGUUCCAGCGCAAGACGCAGUACCUGUUCGAGCGGACGUUCCGCCUGCGCUUCAUCUCGGCCUUCACGCAGAUCAACAGCACGCGCGCCUCCAACGUGGACAUCAGUGACGGCGUGCGCCGUCGCAUCGAGGAGCUCAACUUCCUGGACGUGCAGCUGUACGAGUACGCCAAGGACCUCUUCCUGCAGCGCUUCCAGUUCACGCGGCAGCGCGAGCACCAGGAGUCGCGGCUCAAGAGGCGCGAGGAGCGGCGCUGGCUGAGGGAGCAGAGGGCCAAGUGGCCCCCCCGCGGGGGGGACGGGGACGCCCCAGCAGCGGGAGGAGGAGAUCCCCCCGAGGCGGCAGCCACCACCGAGGACUACACCAGCCAAGUGGCCCGCUGGUGA